AUGAGGCUGCACCUGAUAAUACCACUGAUGUUCGCCAGCGGUAUAGCAGUUACCGCUGGAAGAAAUUCAGAGCAACGGAAGAGGACUAUCAUUAAGGAGAAGAAAUACGAAAAAAGAGAAUUGGAUGGUUUGCAAGGGUACAGUUUACAGCAAGAACAUCAGGAACAGCUGUAUGGUCCGCCAUCGGCUCCAUCGGCUCCGGUUUAUGAGAUUCCAGCGCCAGAUCUUGCGCAUCCAGUACCGGGACAUGUGCCGGAACAGCCAGCCAUCGCCGUUGGACAUCCAUUCGCGGCGGUGCCAAUUCCCUUUCCGCAGCCGGUACCGCAUCCAGUACCGCAUCCAGUACCGCAGCCGAUCGCGGUGCCCGUGGCGGUACCAAUCGCCAAACACAUACCGGUUCCCGUAGCCGUGGAGAAGAUCGUCCACGUGGCAGUACCAGUCCCCAAGCCGUAUCCCGUCCCCGUCGAGAAGAUCGUUCACGUGGACCGGCCGGUCCCGGUGCCGUUUGAGAAACCGGUGCAUAUCCCGGUAGAUCGGCCGGUGCACGUGGCGGUGCCGGUGCCGAAACCAUAUCCCGUCACCCUCGAGAAGAUCGUACACGUGGACCGGCCGUAUCCGGUUCACGUGGCCGUACCGGUACACGUGCCGAAACCAUAUCCGGUGCCGGUCACCGUACACGCGCACUACAAAUCGCACGGCUGGUGGUAA